AUGUCUUCGCCCUAUCUUCCUUCGAAAGCCGAGGGCAUAGCAUGGUGCAGUGCUUUAACAUUGGAAGCAGUUUUAAUUGUUUUAGCAAACUUGCUCGCUCUUGCUCUCUUCGCUGUUAACAAGAGACUUCGUAAGAGAAGUUUGUUUUUGGUCAUUAACAUGGCGUUUGCUGAUUUGCUAUCCGGAGCUUUGUCCCUGCCCAUUUUCAUUUACACCGUUGGAGCUGGUUUCAUGCUUUGGAAAGCUCGAUUCAACAAGACGUUUUAUGCUUAUCAAGUUUUUGGUCAAACCGUUGUCUUACAGGCGUCACUAUUUUCUGCGUCUUUGAUAACUUGUGAGAGAUUUUACGCUGUCUAUUGGCCUCUGAAGCACAGAACUUUGUCAGUGGGGGCGUACCGCGCAGCUAUUUUUAUGGUUUGGAUAAUAGCGAUCCUUUUUUCUAUUCUUCAGCUGUUAACUUCCGACAAACCUGCUUUUUACACGUUUGUUUCGAUCUUGUUGAUUCAAUUAUUUACACUAUGUAUCGGUAACAUCGCUAUUUGGAGAAGAUUUCAACGAAGAAUUGCAUCGCAACAACAAAACCGAGAAGCACAAAAUCGACGUCUGACAAGGACCUUGCUUUUAAUAUCCGCUGUCGAGAUCUUAUCUUGGCUUGCUUUGACUAUAAGUAAUCUUCUAGUUAUUGCUUUUGAGGUCCCCAUCCCUUUAGAAGUUUUGUUCACUUGUGUCGCCGUAAAUUAUUCAAACUUUUUCCUAAAUCCAAUCACUUAUGCUCUAAGGUUUCCGGAGUUUAAACAAGCACUAGACUUUUGUUGCCAUAGAAGUCAUGAUGCAACGAUGAACGUAGAGGGCAGUGCUCGUAAUAACAACGUGGGCUCUAAUGCAGACAGGAUUUCUGGGAUGCAAACAUUGGGUUUGUGUUGUUGUAGAAGUAGGAAUUCGAUGAACACUAGAGAAGGUGGUGAAAGAAAUUACAGAGUUCACAGUUUGAGACCAACGACAUUGUCAACUAACUCUAGUGACUUACAACUUGCGUUUGAACAGGAAGUUAUGGACACAAGAUUAUAG